AUUCCAUCAAUAGCCCCAUAAUGCUAUCUUAUCCCCUUCAAUCUCCUCUGAAACCCAUACGGAAAAACCCACUGGGCACGGAUACAAGGCUCCGGAGAAACGCCAUUAUAGUCGAGUUGCCUUGAAGCUCAGAUGGCCUUCCAAGCAGCUUCUCUUCUUCCGUCUGCGAUUUCUGUCUGCAAAGAGGGGAAGCCCAAUGCUUCUCUUAGGGAAACAAGUUUCUUUGGAUCAGUUUCAGUCUAUCAUCUCAAAGCCGAAUUCAACACGUACAGCAUCACAAGCAAGGAAUUCAAGAGAAAAUCCUCUGUUAAACCUAUUGUAGCUCAAACAGCUGCCACAACUCCAGGAAUCACCCAGGCUGCGCCAGAAGGAAAGAAAACUUUGAGGAAGGGCAAUGUGAUAAUCACCGGUGCAUCCUCUGGGCUGGGACUAGCCACAGCAAAGGCUCUGGCUGAGGCAGAAAAUUGGCACAUCAUCAUGGCAUGCAGAAAUUUUCUCAAGGCUGAGAAAGCGGCAAAAUCUGUCGGUAUUCCUAAGCAGAACUACACCAUCAUGCAUCUAGACCUUGCUUCCUUUGACAGUGUCCGCCAGUUCGUGGAUACCUUUCGUCGUUCAGGGAGGCCCCUCGACGUGCUGGUUUGCAAUGCUGCAGUCUACUUGCCCACCGCCAAGGAGCCAACUUUCACUGCUGAAGGCUUUGAACUCAGUGUUGGCACUAACCAUCUCGGGCACUUCCUUUUGUCAAGGCUGCUGCUUGAUGACAUGAAAAAAUCAGAUUACCCACUAAAGCGUCUCAUAAUCGUUGGCUCCAUAACAGGAAAUACAAACACCAUAGCCGGGAAUGUGCCUCCAAAGGCAAAUCUCGGGGAUCUAAGGGGACUGGGAGGAGGAUUGAAUGGGAUAAACAGCUCGGCCAUGAUAGAUGGGGGAGAGUUUGACGGUGCCAAGGCCUACAAAGACAGCAAAGUAUGCAACAUGCUCACAAUGCAAGAGUUUCACAGGCGAUACCACGAGGAGACAGGAAUAACCUUCGCUUCCCUCUACCCCGGCUGCAUUGCCACAACCGGUUUGUUCAGGGAACACAUCCCCCUGUUCAGGCUGCUAUUCCCCCCGUUCCAGAAAUACAUCACCAAGGGUUAUGUCUCUGAAGAGGAAGCCGGGAAGCGACUUGCACAGGUAGUAAGUGAAGCGAGUUUAACAAAGUCCGGGGUGUACUGGAGCUGGAACAAGAAUUCUGCCUCCUUCGAGAACCGGCUCUCGCAAGAAGCCAGCGAUCCAGAGAAGGCGCGAAAAUUAUGGGAGGUCAGCGAGAAGCUCGUCGGAUUGGCUUAACAAAGCAAAGCUCAGCUCAGCACAGCACAGCACUAGAAUUUCUUGCCUUGCCUGUAAUUAAAGUACCCAACUGUUGUGAGUUUUGGUUGUUAAUUCUAGCACUUGGAGGGGACUCCAAUUUUGAUGGGUGGGAUGGAUGGAUAGAGUGAAAGUGGUCAUAUAAUGGUUGUGUGAAGUAGUAAUUAAGUUGAUGAUAUUAAUUACGUGUAAUUAUCAAGUAUAUUAUCAUAUCAUUAGUUUGUUUAUUUAUAACAUAUUUAAGACAA